AUGGACGUCCACAGGUUCAUCCACGCCUUCGAGGCGGUAUGGGGUGUCGUCAACAAAAGGUUCAACCAGCCUUGCUUUCUGUGGAAGCUUCAACGGCUGCUCGGCGUUGGAUCUGAGCGGCGGUUGAAGGAGGAGAUCGGCGACGUGCAUGAGUUCGCCAUGAGGAUUGUGAAGCAGAGGAAGGGAAGGAAGCCCGAGGAGAUAAGGAGCAGCAGUGACUUCCUCUCGCAUUGCGUGCUUAAUGGGAACUCCUCCGACGAGUUUCUUCGUGACAUCAUCAUCAACUUCGUGUUUGCCGCUCGGGAGACCACGCCGACCGUCAUGACCUGGUUUUUCUGGUUAGUCUCGACCCGGCCCGAGGUCGAGGAAAGAAUUGUGGAUGAGAUCAAUUCAGUCAGGGGAGGCAUGGAAAUCCGGAUGGAAAGCUGA